AUGUCAGGUCGCAAAGAUGGGGGUGACUCUUCCAGCCAGUCUGCGGCGGAAGACAGAAAGAGGUCAAGAGAAGAGCUCCUGGCCCUGAGGACGCGAGAUAGAUCACUGAGGGAUCAGAUGAGCCAGGUAAUGUCGCUAGUGGAAGAUACCAUGAAGGCAAGGAAGAAGGAGGAGCCAGCUGGCACCAUCGAGGGUGCCGCUGAUCGCGGCGAUGCUAGGGAGAGUGCCGCCGCGGAGUCCACGAACGCCGAAGGAGGGGCACCGUGGACCGGGAGUGCGCAGGACGGGAGGUACCUGCGCGAAGCUGUUGGAGAGUCUGGCCCGUCAGGGCGACACAGCAGCGAAGUAGGGGGCUUUGUCCCCCAAGAGGUGAGAGUAGCCGCUGCUCACAACCAAGAUUAUUGUAGUGCCAUGGGAGAUGACGGUGCUGCUGUUGGCUUAGGAUACGGAACCACAACCCCAGCGAUGGGUUACCAAAGUGUGAGGUACACUUCUCCUCCGUUCAGCGGGAAAUCGAAAUAUUUCAACGAAUAGCUAAAUGAUUUCCGCAUGGCAGCUAAUGGUGCGAACCUGUUGGAACACUUUGAAGAGAGCGGGAGCUUUGAGAUCCCCGUCAACAGCGGAAAGAGCAAGUUUUUGCUGUCACAGCAGUACCGGAGCGAGCAAGUAGAGCUCGCAUUCCACACGUGGAACGAUCUGUCUCACGCGUUGAAAGAAAAAGAUCGGAAAAUCAUGAAGAGGGCAGAGACGCCCUAGGGAGCUCUUCGUGAGCUCAAGACCAUACACGACCCUGAAUCAUCUGUACAGCCGUCAGAGGACCCCAAGUCCCUGACAUCGACCAAGAUCUCUAGAGGUGAAAACCACCAAAACGCCCUAGAUGAGAUGCUCCAAACCUCAAAGUCCUUAACCGAGGAAGGACUAACUGUCAACGAAACGUUCGUCCUUCACCUCUUCUUGGAUGCCCUUUCGGACGAGUAUGCCAUGACAAAGCACAACCUGCCACACGCGAAGGAGUUGACGCGGACAGGUGUGCUAAAGGAAGAAAUGAUCGAAUACAAGGCGAUCAAGGACAAGCUGGAGCAGGGGAAAAGAAAAGGGGCGAAGGGCGCAGAGCAAGCGUACUUCGCCGACGGUGAGGGCCGCAGGGAGCGGUACUCAAGUAGGAGUCAGGGGCAAGGUUGUGGUCGUGGCGGCGGCCGUGGCCGCAGCAGCAGUCGUGGCCGCGGCGGAGGCGGUCGCGGCGGGGGCGGCGGCGGUCGCGGCGGCCGCUCAGGCGGAUGCGGAGGAGUCGAGGAGAGCGAGGGAAGCAGCAGUGGAGGCGCCGAUGGCGGCGGUGGCGAGGACUGUAAGUUCCCGGGCCGGUGCUUUAGGUGUGGACAUCGUGGACAUCAAGCGAUCGGCUGCACUACCAACGAUAAGGACGUCGUGCCUUGGUGUGCGCGCCGUGAGGGGUGGGGCCACACCAAAGAAAGUGCGCGACGGAGGAGGCCGUCCUAGCGCAAGUGGUGGAGCAUGAGAGCGACGUGGACUCCGUGGAAUCCCAGGCGUUUUGUGCCGUGGCAGUCCCCCCACGCGAGUGUGGUACCGUUGGUGAAGUAGGUCUAGUGGGGGUUGUAGAACAAGGCCAGGCGAUGAACGUGGCCGACACAGCGGCCACGUGCUCCAUGUUCCGANGGGGAGGUGUGGUUCCCCCGGACUGGAAAGCUGCUGACCCAACGAGGCUAUCAAAUAAAGCCAACGCUACACACCGCCUGUGCCGAACUCAUUGUUCCUGGCGAUGCGAAAGCAGCCACCCCCACUUACCUCAACCAGUACCACCUCGCGCACGGCCAUGCCCACAAGACAAUGCUCAGGAUCACGGCGGAGCAGCAGGGAGUGCAGCUGACGGAUGGACCGCUGCUACCCUGUCUUGGCUGUUCGAUGUCCAAGGGACAGGUGAAACCUGUUCAGAAGAGCACGAGCACACGCGCACUGCUACCUCUCGCAGAUGACGAAGAGGGCGGUGGGGGGGAGAGCAGAGCGGAUGCAUCACGCCAAGGUUGGGGGGGGGAGAGAGACAUAGAGAAUGAGUCCGACCUCGACGUGAUGGAGGCUCGUGGGCCAGGGCAAGGUACGCCGUUUGUGCGCGAGGAGGCGCCGACGGCACCCGGCAACGGGAUUCCGGGGGACGGAGGCAGCGUUCCCCCGUCGCCCCCUUCGGGAAGGGGCGACUUCGGCGAAGGCAGUAACAGUCCC